GAGCGGCGGCGACGGGACUCGGGCCGCGGAGGCGGCGCCUCCUGUCCUGUGGAGCCAAGCUGGGCACCCUGGGGGCCAUGCAGAGGGCGGGGGCAGGGGGCCGGAGAGCCUCUGACUGCGGCCCUGCCCCCCAGCGACCCAGGUGCAUCACCAAGUUCGCCCAGCAGUAUGUGGGCUCCUUCCCCGUGGAUGACCUGGACACCCAGGAGAGCGUGUGGCUGGUUCAGCAACAGCUGUGGGCACUGAAGGACUGUCCCCGACGCCGGGCCGUCAUCCUGAAAUUCAGCCUUCAGGGCCUCAAGAUCUACAGCGGGGAGGGUGAGGAGCUCCUGAUGGCUCACGCUCUGAGGCGCAUCCUCUACUCUACCUGGUGCCCAGCCGACUGCCAGUUUGCCUUCAUGGCCCGAAACCCCCAGAGCCCAGCCAGCAAGCUCUUCUGCCACCUCUUUGUGGGCAACCAGCCUGGAGAGGUCCAGAUCCUGCACCUGCUGCUCUGCCGCUCCUUCCAGCUCGCUUACCUCUUGCAGCACCCUGAGGAGCGGGCACAGCCUGAGCCCUGCCUGGCAUCUGCAGGGGACAUGCCCCUCAAGCCACCGUCUGGCCCUGGGGGGCCCCCUGGCCUAGUCCGGGAACCCUUCAGCCGUGAUCAGCUUUCACAGAAUGUACAUGCACUGGUCUCCUUCCGGCGGCUGCCUGCAGAGGGGCCCGUGGGCAGUGGGAAGGAGCUGCCAGAGUCGGAAGGCCGUGGGGGCACCCGCCAUGCCCGCCUGGGGAAUCCCUACUGCUCGCCCACGCUAGUGCGCAAGAAGGCCAUUCGAAGCAAGGUGAUCCGCUCUGGGGCUUACCGCGGCUGCACCUACGAGACUCAGCUGCAGCUGUCAGCCCGGGAGGCUUUUCCUGCUGCGUGGGAAGCGUGGCCCCGGGGGCCCGGGGGGCCCUCGUGCCUGGUGGAGAGCGAGGGCAGUCUGACGGAGAACAUCUGGGCCUUCGCUGGCAUCUCCAGGCCCAGCGCCCUGGCCCUGCUCCGGAGAGACGGGCUUGGGGCCUUUCUGCUGUGGCCCGAGCCGGGCGCCAGUGGCCAGUGGUGCCUGUCGGUGCGGACGCAGUGUGGCGUGGUGCCCCACCAGGUCUUCCGGAACCACGUGGGCCGCUACUGCGUGGAGCACCUGCCCGCCCAAUUCGCCAGCCUGGAGGCCCUGGUGGAGCACCACGCUGGGGCGGGGCGAAGCUUCUUCUGCUCCCUAGACAUGGGCCACCUGAACCCCAGCUACGAGGAGCAGGACCGGGGGCCCGAGGGCAGGCCCCCCCGCACACUCAGGCCCCUUGGCCAUGCCAAGUCCGAGGCAGAGCUGCAGGGCCUGGGCUAGGAGGCCGGGCGUCCUGCCCACUGGCCCCACCUCACCCUGGCUCCUGCGCCUCAGCGGGCCACCCUGCCCUCCGCCACCCCGCUGGUCACCAGUUCCAUCCAGUCACUCUGCCCCUUGGACCAGUCUUCCAUCACAUCACUGCCUGUGGUGGGGGUGGGGAGCCCUGGCACUGGGGAUCGCCGGUGGCUUCUUGCCGGUCGUGGGGGCGGUGGAGUUCCAGGCUCCAGUUAAUUUGCUGGGUGACUUUGGAUGCUUGUCUCUAGGCUUCACUUUACUCCUAGGAGGGGAGCUUCCUGAGGUGGGCAGGAGGUUUUGUUCACACCGGGCAUGGCCCUUUUCUGAGGAGGCCGGGCGUCGGGCCCCGACUGCGAGUCUCCAGCGAGCGCCUGGCUGAGGUUGCCAGCCAUGUGAGGGAGAGGUGUCUGGGGAGGCAGCAGGGAGUCCUCACUGUGGGCAGAGACCCGGGGACAAGCCAGCCUGUCCAUGAGAGAAACGGGACUUGGAGGAGCUGGGGGGCAUGGCGGCUGGGCUGAGCUGCACCCCGGCUGCCAGAGGGAGCACGGCCCAUGUCUCACAUCAUAUGAUGUUGAGGGAAUCUUCCUUAGAGUUCUGAGGCCUGAGGGUGAAGAGGGUGUAGAAAGGCAGGAUGAAGAGCCUUGCCUGCCCCCAGGCCCACGCACAGGUGGACACCUGUGUGCAGAAGGGAUGUGAACCAGCACACAGGACACAGCUUCUCUGUGUUGCUUGGAAAGGCUGGUUGGUCUCCACCCAAAACCACAGGGUUGUGAUUCCUGCCUUCUGGGGAGGGAUCCCUCAUCUCACUCUCCCCAACAGCUCCGAGAACCACCAAGAUACCACCCCCCACACACAUGCUGGCUCAUUUACUUUGUCCAUUUGUCUGGCAGGGGCCAGCAGAGAGCAGAAGGUGUAGGGGGUUCCCGGGGCUCUAUUCAUCUCCUGCAGGCCAGUCUGGGUUUAGCGGUGCCUGGGAAGCCACCUGAUUUGGGUCCACUUUCCAGAACAUGGCGCUGGCUGGCUCACCUUGUCAGGGGCUACCUCACCAGCCCAAGCCCGCUGGGGUUGGGUCACUGUAGAGCCAUCCAAAGGUAGAGCUGAUGUGGACCCUGCCAGAGGGGGCCUUGGCCUCAGCAGGGAAACGAUUCUGCUCUAAGGCAAUGGCCCUGAAGCGACAGAUCCAGGGGCCUCCCCUGCUUUAGAAGCAAGCUUGACAGACAGACAUGAAUACCGAAUUAUUUAGGGAGCAAGUUCACUUCGGAUGAACUUCUCUAUUCCUGAGGCAGAGGCUUAGUCACGAAUGUGGGGGCUGCCCUCUCCCUCAUCCGGGAGUGGGAUGUGACUGUUCAGUGCCUUGAAAAUGACAGAUUUCUGACUCCUGGAAGGGAGAGGGCGGCCCUGACAGAAGAGAAAAAAGGGAAGGACCCUCAGAAAGUCAGGCCUGGUGUUCCCAGCUUACGACCUGCUGCCCAGGAAAUGGUCUUGUCAAAAGGGAUGAAGGGAAUGGGAGGAAGCUGUUCUUUGGGGGUUCUUUUCACCGGGACCACAGCACCAAUUUUGUACGGAAUGCGAGACUCAUUACGCAGCCAUUUCCACCAGAACCCACGGUCCCUGGUCUCUAGUGGGAGGCUUGGUCUCCCAUUUCGCUGGCAGGAAAGAGGAUUUGCUGGUAUGGGGUUCAGGCUUGCAGCACCAGAAACACCUGUUUAAGAAGACCUGGUGACUGGCCCAGGCCCAGGCCAAAGCCUAGCUCUACGAGAGAUGGGUUUUGUUGCACAAAUCAUCCAUGUGGACAAGGUAUCAGGAGUGUUCUCAAUGCACUUUAACAUCCCUUCGCACAGCAUUCAUCACGUGGUAGCAGGAGCCGGUUUCUUGACCUGUGUGUGCAGAUGCUUCAGUGUCUUGAUCAUAAAUCAGCUCUCUCUGUUCCAACCAGCACCACCUGGGUAGCCAGCUCUCCUUACUGUGUGGACUUGAAACAAAUAAAACGCAUUUCUUUGGA